GGGUGAGUCGUCGGGCUGGACGUGGUUCCCAUGGGGCCAUCGUUCGUCUCCUGCACCUGCACCUCCAGCAGAGGAAGGAAUUUCAUUAGACGAAUUGUUCAGUCCGGAUGCUGCAUCAGAUCCUUCAAAGAUAGCUAAAUAUCUGGGGAAGGCCAGUAGCACUGCAGUUAGCAUCGACAGCGGUCACGCAUCCCGUGGAACCUCCCAACCAUCGAGCCCUACUGCCCGAUCGGAUGAUUCUAACUUCGCAGAUAAGACUCCGACGCAGGAAGUCAUGCCAGUCGUAGAGCAUCCUGAUAAUCUUCGAACUCGCAACGCUAGCGAUCAGCGAAGUGCUCUUAGUAACGAAGAUAUUUUCCCGCUGAGUGAAGAUGAGCUGGAUGAUCCUCGUCCAUCUUCUCGUCCUUCGUACAUGCUAUCACUUCGCCUUUCGUCAGAAAAGCUCAGAAGCCUUGGUUUGGUUUAUGGAGCGAAUGAAUGUCGAUUCAGUAUUACAACCAAGUUCCAGGGUACAUCAUGGUGUAGCUGUAACAUAUACCUUUACAAGUGGUAUGAGCGUAUUGUGAUUUCCGACAUAGAUGGAACAAUCACAAAAAGCGACGUGCUUGGCCAUGUUAUCCCAGCCAUUGGCGGAACGUGGGCUCAUGCUGGAGUUGCUGAAUUGUACACUCGGAUUAAGAACAAUGGUUACAAGAUGGUGUAUUUGUCAUCUCGAGCGAUCGGGCAAAGUCACACAACGAAACAAUAUCUGAAGAGCAUUGCCCAGGACAGUAAGCAACUGCCUGAUGGUCCGGUGCUGCUGUCACCGACAAGUGUGCUCAUCGCGUUUAGAAGGUGCGACAUUCUUUUUGGAUAG